GGGAGCCUAGAGGGAUUCUGUCUAAAGGAUGGCCAUUGGAAUAGUAAUAUUGGGGUUAUAUCCUUGGUCCACUGUAUAUUUUGUGUGACUCUUCCUCAUUUUACUAAGAGGUGUCUUUGCCUGAAAAUUUAUCACCGGUGGAUGGAAUAAUGAGGGCGUGCAAAUAAAAUUAAGGCCUAGGAGUCGGGAGACCAAGGUUCUAGACGGUUCUGUGAAGAAUCAGCUGCAUCUAGAACGUGUCUGUAUCUUUAUUUUUCUCAUCUUUCAGAUGAGAAUAAUGAUCCGCUUUGAUGUCUCACAGUAUUGAAAUGCUCUAUUUCUAAGGUUUAUUUGCGACUUUUAAGAAGUUCCUAUAACGAGGAGUACAGUGGGUAUGAAGGUGGGAAUCUCUGGCAACAAGGAAGGAUGUACUUUUACCCCAGAUGUACAGUUCUCUCUGUCAUCUUCAACUGGCUUCAAUUCAACUUGGUACAAGGAGGGAAAAAACAUAUUGCAAAACUCUCAGGAUCCAAGUCUUCACGGCAUGGAGCCGCCGGCGCGGGAGCUGCAGGGCGCCGACGCGCUGCGCCGCUUCCAGGGGCUGCUGCUGGACCGCCGCGGCCGCCUGCACGGCCACGUACUGCGCCUGCGCGACGUGGCCCGGCGCCUCGAGCGCCUCCGCCUGCGCUCCCUGGCGGCCAACGUGGCCGGGAGCUCGCUGAGCGCCGCGGGCGCCGUGGCGGCGAUCGUGGGGCUCUCGCUCAGCCCGGUGACCCUGGGGGCCUCGCUGGUGGCGUCGGCCGUCGGGCUGGGGGUGGCCACGGCCGGAGGCGCCGUCACCAUCACGUCCGACCUGUCCCUGAUCUUCUGCCAUUCCCGGGAGCUGCGCAGGGUGCAGGAGAUCGCCGCCGCCUGCCAGGACCAGAUGCGCGAGAUCCUGAGCUGCCUCGAGUUCUUCUGCCGCUGCCAGGGCCGCGGGGACCGCCAGCUGCUGCAGUGCGGGCGCAGCGCCUCGGUCGCGCUGUACAACUCCGUCUACUGCGUCGUCUUCUUCGGCUCCCGCGGCUUCCUCCUCCCCAGGCGGGCGGAGGGGGCCACCAGGGUUAGCCAGGCCGUGCUGAAGGCCAAGAUCCAGAAACUGGCCGAGAGCCUGGAGUCCUGCACCGGGGCCCUGGACGAGCUCAGCGAGCAGCUGGAGGCCCGGGUGCAGCUCUGCGCCAAGGGCGGCCGCGGCCGCGACCUCAGGAUCGCUGCUGACCAGGCCGCAGCGCUGUUUUUCUGAGAACAUCCUUUCCCCGGUGACCAAGGCCAGAAGCCGUCCCCACGGGAUGCUCUAGAUUUGCAGUUCCCUCAGGAAGACAACUCCAAGUUGGAUUAGGAGCCGAACGCAAAGGAUGAGAAAAACUGUUCUUGACUGUUCUUGAAAUCGGGGAAAGGGGGGAGUCCUCAGAGCCCCUCUGUUCCCAUCACUGUGACGUCCUGCCUGGGGUUGAGGGCCAGGGGCUUUUUUUUGUUUUUUUUCUUGCCUAAUCCUAUGGGCUGUGUGAGCCGAAAAUGAUGUUUCCUUUAUCAGAACCGUUCAGGCUCCACUGCGGUGGGCACUACUGUAUUAAAGCUGUUUCAGGGUCCCUGCCCCAGGCGCGGUGGUUUGGGUAGAGGUUGGGAAGGACGCGGGAGCAGCCACCCUCUGGGGCCUCUCGAAGCUCCAUCAGCAAGCACUGCGGGCCUCAGAAUGCCUAUGGGAGGAGACACUAGCUUUUAAACUUCUCUUCCAGAGUGUCUGAGUACAAAGAGCUCCAGAAUCCAGAGCACAUCAGAUACCCUCUGCACCAUGUAGCAGGGUUUAGUACCCAAGAGGGGCCUCCCCCGUCGACUGGCCCUUGCACCACUCUCAGUGUCUCCGACUCACAAAUCGAGCUCGGGGCAGAGGAGUUAUUCCUGAGGACUUUCAUAUCCAGACCUUAUCAUAUACAGAUAUUCUGGGAGGGAAACCAGCUAAACGGUCAUCUGAGUCCCACCCCCUUGCAACAAGAAGCUGAGGCCAAGGGAGAUGAAGUGACUAACAAUUGCAUUUACGGACAGCCUAGUGUACUGAAGAGAGCAGUGGCUUUGAGUUAGACAGUCCUGGGUUUAUUGUAAGCGCUGUCACUGCUGUGUGAACUUGGCCACUUAAUUUCUCUGACACUUAGUUUCUUGGUCUGUGAAACAGAUGCUAAAAUGUCACCCUGUCAUUGAGGUAUUGAGAUAAAGUGCCAAGCACAGUGUCUGGCUCAUGAAGUGUGGCCUCCGGACUGGAAACAUUAGCAUUACCUGGGAACUUGUGAGAAAGGCAAAUUCUCGGACCCAACUGUUGACUGAACGGGUCAGAAACUCUGGAGGUGGGGCCCAGCAACCUGUGUUGGUAAACCCACAGGGUGAUUCUGAUACCUACUAAGUUUUGUAGAGCACUGCCACACAUGUUUGUUUCUGAUACCCUUGUGAGCGUUCACAAAGUCUCAAGGCCUCUCCAGAGGCUCCAUGGUCUUCAGAGUCGUUCACAGAAGGUCAGGAACAGACAGGGUCCCAAAAAUAAAAGAAAGAAUGUGCAUGUAUGUGGGAUAUGUUUUAGUGGGUCCUGGGGCAAUUUCCCACCACUGAAAUAAGGGCUAUUACAUAAUAACUCCUCUAGAGGGCAGUGUUGCCCACUCAUUGUAAGAACUGAUACACAAAGGAAUGUGAAUUUAAAGCAUAUUGAACUUUGUUACCUUCUCUGAAAACUGCCAGGCCAUGUAUUAUUUUUUUUUUAAUUUAUUUUAAGUUUGUUAUUUAAGCUGUUUAUUAUUUGCAUUUAGUUGUAUUUAAUCACCACAUCACAUUUAGGAAACAAUAGGAAGAGCGAUUUUCUGAAUGGGAGACUACUGAGGCUCUUUUCAGGAUAUGAGGUUGAGUUCAUUUCCCCCCUAAGGUGGGGCAUGAACUGGAAAUGGCAACGGUCUUCUUGAAUAAGUCUCUCUCCAGGCAAGGGAUAUUUUAUUCCCCAGUAAUUUAAAGGGUCCUUUUAGGUAAAUGUGGGAAGUUCUGAAUAGAGAGACCAAGGGCCGAAUUUAAGCUUAUCAAUGGAGGUUUGACUUGUGGGCUAUAGAAAUGAUGCAAGCAUAUUUAUCGUGAAGGUACUUUACCAACAAGUAACACUUGACCUGAAAAGCAAACCUAUUUUGUGCAGGGAAAGAACCCCAACUAGAGGCAUGUGAAGGAAGCACUCGGACCAGGGAAGCCUGCUGUCCUGUAAUAUGGGUGAUAGAAAAUAUGGGUGAUAGAAAAAUAGCUUGUAUCAUGGUGUGAGGUGUCAUGUUUUUACUUUGGGAGCUGUAAGGAAUCUGUAAGCUGUCUGUAAGAAAAUGCUUAUAGUUUCUUCAAUUUCCAUUCCUACAACUAUAAUGUCGAAAAAUCUGUUGAAAAGGCUUUGGGACCAUGCACGCAAAACUAGGCUGUGUUAUUUAAUUAUCUAACAUGCUUUAAAUUGACCCAUUCUACCCCCAUGUUUCCUGAUGAUGGAAGAGUAUCUGAGGAACUUUAAUUUCAGUGCUGGGCGGGACGGCUUAGCGGUUCUAUUUUUUGCUUUUCCUAUAAAUUGCAAUUGAUCUGUAUCCUGGUUUCUUUUGAAGUUGGUACUGGUUUCUUUUUAAACUGGUGUCAUUUCUUAGACUACAGUGCACGGAUACCAGCAUUUUAGAUCAUCAGAAUGUACCUCGCAUUGUUGGUUGUGUUAUGUCACAAAGGUACAACUACUCCCUAAGGCCAUCUUUUAUUAAUGCUGAGGUUUGAGUUAUAGUUUUCCAAUGGGUCGGUGGUACUCUAGAAAUAAACUUGGCAUUUCAGGAAGCAAACAGCAAACUCCUCCUAUCAUUAGAGUAUCUGGGGAAAUCAAAGUCAUAAACUCCCAAACUUAUCAUUUCAAUGGCCCCUGUUACACUUAAGGAAGAGUUUCUACUUUGGAACAAUACUUGGAACAUUAUAGGAGCUCAGUACAUGGAUUUAGAUAAUUUAAUGAAGUGCUUAGCUAUAUUAAAAAGAAUUUGUCGAUAAUGAAAUAUUAUCCAUCCUUUUCUGUGGAGCCUUCUAACCAGGAUUUAGUCAAGUUCAGUUAAAUGGGUCCUAGAGACAAAUGUUUAUUUAUUUCUUUUGCGGGAAUGCAAAUAAGGCUUUUCCUUAAGGACUUCAUUCUAUAAACAAACAGAUUGAAAUGGUAUGUUGUAAAAGGAAGAAGAGAGAGGGAUACUUAGAUUACAAAUGCACUCCAGGAAAAUGUCCAAGUUUGAAAAAUAAAAAUUUUGUACUAAGAUU